AUGGUCUGCUUGAGAGGUUCUUCAUAUAGUAUUCUUAUGAAUGGUCAGCUUUAUGGUGAUUUUAAGGGUGGUAAGGGGCUGCGACAAGGUGACCCUAUUUCCCCCCUUCUAUUUGUCCUUGUUAUGGAUUAUCUCACCCGAGCUCUUCAUGGGGCUGCAAAAGAUAAACAAUUCAGAUUUCAUCUGCUCUGUAAAACUUUAAAUAUUACUAAUCUUUGUUUCGCGGAUGAUUUGUUGAUAAUGUGCAAAGCUCAUCUCAGUUCAAUUCAGAUAAUGCAACAGGCGUUCCAGGAGUUUUCAUCAGCGUUUGGCCUGAACAUUAAUCAAGCUAAGUCAAGCAUUUACUUUGGAGGUAUUACUUUAGCUGAGAAGGAGAAGCUGUUGUGUUUAUCUAAGUUGAGAGAAGGGCAGUUUCCUCUUAAGUAUUUAGGAGUUCCUUUGAGGCCUACUAAGUGGAAAGCUAUGGAUUGCGAUAUAAUAAUUUCGAAAAUUCGUCAAAGGCUUCAUGGUUGGGCUAGUCGAAACCUGUCUUAUGCUGGGCGUGUGCAGUUAAUUCAGUCGGUUCUCUUGGGGAUAAGGAACUUUUGGAUGAGCAUAUUUCUCCUUCCUCAGAAAGUUAUCAAAGAAAUAGACCGUAUAUGCAGAGGUUUCUUAUGGGGUGGCAAUGGAGUUCGUAGCAAUUUUCAUUUAGCAUCUUGGGAUCUUGUUUGCAGGCCAAAAUCUUAUGGAGGCUUAGGAUUUAAAGAGAGUGUUCUUUGGAAUAAGAUUAAUCUUGCGAGAUACGUUUGGGCGAUCUCUUCUAAGCAAGAUAGCUUGUGGGUCAAAUGGGUUAAUUGCAUUUAUCUAAAAGGGAUCCGAAUCUGGGAUUAUGAAAUUCAUCAAGACACAAGCUGGUAUUGGAAAAAGCUAAUUAAGGUUAGCAAAUUACUGUCUGAAACUGAGUUAACUACAGCUGUUUGCAAGGGAAAAUUAAGGCUGAAUUCACUUUAUCUGAAUUUAAUUUCUGGUUCCCCUAGCAAAGGUCUGAAAUUUAUUUGGUGCAUGCUUUCAAUGCCUAAACACAGGUUCAUACUUUGGCAAGCUUAUCACCAGAAGUUUCUAACCAGAGAUCUUCUUCAUCAUUGCAAUAUAACAAUUUCAUCUCAUAGCUGCCCGGUCUUUGAAAUUGAAAUGGAGAGCCAUGCUCAUCUAUUUUUUGACUGUCUUUUUUCAAGGAAAGUGCUUCAGGCAGUUGAGAAGUGGCUGGGUAAUCUUAUUUGGCCUUGGCAGUUCCAGGAAUGGCGUUGCUGGCUGGAAGAACCAAGUACAGUUGGUCUUGCUCGGUUUGUGGCAGCUAUUUUGGCUGCAUCAGUGUACUUUAUAUGGAAAAAUAGGAACAAUUGCUGGGUGAAUAGCUGCUGCUCUUCAGUAGCUCAAGUUAAUGAUCUUAUUAGGAAUUCAGUACAGGCUAGAGUAAUCAAUCUUUGCUGUAUGAGGAAGAAUCUGAAUUUGAGGGAGAAGUUAAUGUUAAAUUUUUUCUCUAAUAUGUAA